UGAUAGCAAAGUACGGCACAUGUCUAUAAAGCCCGAUGAUUUGGAAUGCGACUUUUUAAAAUAUCCCAUUCAGUCUCAAGGCGAGUUUACAUACGAAGAAAAUAAAGACUACACAAAGUUUACACAGCACAGUAUACACUAUGACAACAGUAACCAUGGCAACAGUAACCAUGGCAACAGUAACCAUGUCGACAAAACCUCUCACCACACAACAUAUUCCCAUUUAACUUGCUCAGACGACAGUGUAACCUCAGAUAAGAGGAGUAUUACAGAUAGUCCUACAAUAGUUUCAGACAAUAACAGUUCUGAGAUCUCAGAUAAUUCCAGUUCUACAGUGUUCCGAGCUGAGAAUUCAAAACAAUUAUCACAGAGGAAACAGUUAACAGCUGAAGAAAGAAGAGAAAAACACAGAGUAGAUCAGCAAGAGCGGCGAAUAAACGAGCUGCCCUGGGAGAAAACACAGCGGCUCCAGCGCAGCGCAGAGCGUCAGCGCUUAAAGCGCAUGAACCUGUCAGAGGUGGAGAAGAAGCACGCAAAGGAGGUAGCAAAGAAGAGAACUAAAGAGAGAAGGAGUAGAGAGACUGAGGAUGAGAGGGAGAUAAGGAGAAUAAGAGACAGGAUAAGGAUGAGAGAGAAAAGAGCACUAAUAAAGCAAGUGAGAGUGUUAGGCGCUGAGGUGGUCGCGCAGACAUGCGUGCGGUUACUCAAUCCUCCAACUAGCGCGCCGCAGAUCAAUCAGAAUAUUGCUCUACCACUGUUAAACUCAACAACUGGAGUGGUCGAUCUAUCAAACAUAAUUCUUAAUCCAGACACAUUCCCCCCUCACUGUAACGGUAUAUUAGUAGGAGGUAGUAACGGUACUAUAUUAGCUCAGUCCUCUGUCUAUUCAACUGAAGAAGGAGGAGAUAUGAGUGAUAACGAGGAGACUAAGGAGGAGCUACUAGGAGGAAGUAAUAUUUCUAACUGUGAUUCAGAUAGCUCCCACGUCUCAACCACCGCUCUCUUCUCUGUAGCUAAAGAUUACCUCUCAUCUGAGCAUGAAAAAUAUUUAAAGCAAAAAGAGAGACAGAGAGUGAGAUGUAAGGAGAGGAGAGCUAAAGAGGGGCCUGAAGAGCGCGCGGUGAGACUGCGCAAGGCUGCACAGCGCCAGAGACAGAAGCGCUUGUCCCUGACAGAGGAGGAGAAGUUGUUGUACAAUGAAGUAAACAGAGUGCGCGCUAAGCAGAGGAGGAGUCAGGAGUCCCCUCAGCAGCAGGAGAGGAGGCGCACUUCAGAACGCGUGCGGAGGAGGGAGCAGCGCGCGCUGUCACGCCAGUUACAGGACUGUGGGGAGGGACCUCCUACUUUUAUUACUAGUCAUUCAGAGGGACCAGACUUUACUAACUUUUCAUUGGAUCUCAGUUAAUUUUAUCAUUUUGUAUUGCUUCAAUCCUACUAUAUAUUAAAUACAAUAAAUUAAACAAAAUACUAUAAACUGAACAAAUUUCAGAAAAUUUUCUAGAGAAAUAUUUCCCACUGACUCCUAACUGCAACUUAACGUUAUAUCAUGUUAGUUAGUUAGUUAGUUAGUUAGUUAGUUAGUUAGUUAGUUAGUUAGUUAAUUAAUUAGUUAGUUAGUUAGUUAGUUAGUUAGUUAGUUAGUUAGUUAGUUAGUUAGCUAGUUAGUUAGUUAGUUAGUUAGUUAGUUAGUUAGUUAGUUAGUUAGUUAGUUAGUU